AUGUCCGAAAAUACUCAAUGCGCAGACCAUGCAGAUCAAGUCGAGAAGGGCUGCCCAUCUGGGCCAUCGUUUGCUCACCUGAAUCGCGUGUAUACGGCCGGAGGCCAUGUCAACGAUAGCUCCCAGCCAGGGUUGCCUGUUGUGCAUCGCACAUUCGCUAACCCAUCGCCACUGGGAUUGUUGUCGUUUGCAACUGGCAUCUUCCUCGUUGCAACACUCGGCCUCCACGCCCGAGGCGUCCAGACUCCUAAUGUCUUUUUAGGAGUCCUUAUUUUCUUUGGUGGCCUCGGCCAAUUUACAGCCGCAGUUAUGGAGUUCUUCACUGGAAACACCUUCGGCGCAACCCUAUGGGCCUCCUACUCGGCCUUCAACUUUUCCUACGCAAUGAUCUACAUCCCCGGAACAGGCAUAUUGGCCUCCUACACAGACGCCGAAACCUGCGCACUAAGCCCCGAGUUCAACCAAGCCAUUGCAAUUUACCUGUGGGCAUGGUUCAUCCUCAACACGCUGUAUGUGAUUGCGGCGGUGCGCUCGUCGUGGGUGCUCUUUGUCGAUCUGGCCGUGCUGAGUUUGGGGUUCCUCCUACUCGCUGUCGGGUUUAUGGAGGAGAGUGAUGAUGUGCUUACCGCGGGGUAUGCGAUUAUGCUUGUUACGGCGUUUUUGUCGUAUUGGGCGGGUUGUGCGGGACUGUGGGCUGGGGGCACUACGCCGAUUAAUCUACCUACCUUUGCGAUGUAUAAGGAUAAUGCGUAA